UCUCUCUCUCUCCCCCUCUUCUGCUCCAUUUGGAGAGCUCAGACUCCGAGGUGCCCCUCUCUUCGCUCGGGGACGAGGCGAAGGCUCCCCAUCUCUUCUUCUCUCUCUAGGGUUGAUGACCUGAGAGCUCCCAUGGCCGCGAUGUCGGGAAAGUCUAUGGAGCUCGAGGCGAUGCGCAAGGAGGACGGCUCUUGGCAUCCUUGCCGCGUCUCCUUGAGUUCCAAUGAUGCAACUUCUUUUAUUGUUGUGCAAUUUGAAAGUUGCAAUCAAGAAGAUAUUAUAUCCGAUAGAGAAGAUGCCUUAGCACGUUUACGCUUUCGUUCCACCCCCCUUGAAUAUGGUGAGUGUUCUCAUAUCAAAGAAGGAGAGUGUGUUCUUGUCAUGCGCAAGGGGCAAACUACAAGCUUGUUCUUUGAUGCUGUUAUAGAGAAGACAUACAGAGUGAAACAUUCAAAUCGAGUACACUGCAGAUGCACUUUUGAAGUCAGAUGGCUUAAUCCUAAGCUGAAUGGGGAAACUGUGACUGUUCCAUCUAAGUCAGUUAUGAAACUCUCUGAUAAAGAUAUUGACAGCCACCCAGCAUUCGCUGCAUUUUUAACCACUUUGACUCGUAGAAAUGGUGUGGAAUUUCCUUCAUUCCUUGAUCUUUUAGAGGAAACUACCCGCGAAACUAACCUUCAUGGAUUGUUGGAAAAGCAAAUAGAAGAGAUAAGCAAAUCGGCUGAUCGAUUGGAGUGCCCGAGAGAGGUUCUGUUAGAAGCUAAACGAGCUAACCUCAAUGGCCGCAAAUGGAAUAAAAUGGUUGUUACUUCACGAACAAUUCUAUUUAAUGGUCAUGAUGAUUUCAGAAGAUCCACCAGGAGCCAGAGUAAACAACAGCUUGAUAUUGAACUCAAUAAGCGUUCGGAGGAUGUGCCUUUGAGCCCUCUUGCUGCUCGCGCAGCUCUGGCUUCAUUAGUGCAUGAACUACCACAUGAACCCGAAUUUCCCAUCUGUCAAAUAGGAAAAGAAGGCUAUUUGGACCCUGCCCCAGAAGGUCUAAAGAAGCACAUCGAUGAGCACUUUUUGGAUGUAGAAGGCUUGCUUGACAUCUCUGAUGUCAAGAUCCAGUACAAUCCAUCUGUCCUUUUAAGUUCCACUGAAAAUUCAUACAAUGGUCCACCAGUUGAAGAUAGAAAUUUAUCCAGGGCAUGUAUUUCUACUAGAAAGAAUAAUACAAAAAAAUGUGUGUCUGAGGAAUCUCCAGCUUCAUUAAGUUCACAAGAGAAACCAGCAGGAGCAUCCAAAGAGUCAGGCAAGAAAGUGGGAAGCUCUACCAUUGUGAAACAUUCAAAAAAUUCAGUAACAGAUGGGAAGCAGAAUGGCGGUGUGGUGACAACAAGAUUAACUCGUUCAGCUGUACAGAAAGAUAUACUAAAUUCAACUGUUGAGGUGGAGCAAGGGUCCUCAAAUGGAAAGUUUGCAAGUCUUGUAAGCACAAGGUUAACGCAUUCUGCAGAGAAGAAAAUGAGGUGUGUUGCAAAUAUUAAGCGAGAGCUUGAAAACAACAAGUUGACUCAAGAUGCAGAAGAACUCGUCACACCUGAGAAUAUUGAGGGCAAGAAGAAGAAAAUUCCCUCUUCUGUAGAUACAGAGACCAAUUUGACGCUGGAUAGCAGGAAGAGGACCAGGGCAUCCAGUGUUACUCCACCUACCAAGGAAGAUCGAGGUGAAAUUUUGCAAGAUGAUGAAAGUUUCCCUGCUUCAAAAAGGACAGCAUCUUCUAAGAAGCCUUCGUUGCGGUUCUCACCAAGGCUUAGGUUUCUCCCUAGAACACGCUCACAGAAGAAGGGUUCAGCGAUCCACUGAACGCAUAACUAAGGUGUUUUUUUUUUUAAGUUUCAAGGGGCACAGUUCGUGUUUUGUGCUGUUCAUAAUAUUAGUGACUAGUACAGCUGAGAUGCAGAGACAUCCAUAUUGCAUAUAUUCUGUAGGGACGUUUACCUGCUGCAGAAAGGUUUUUUGAAACCACCCCUCAGGUAAUGGGAUAGUAUCAUCCCCGGUGAAAUAUGUAUCCAUGCAUGAUCUUGCAGUCAUUUUACUACUCUUGCACUUAAAUGAUAUUAGGUAAUGUGUUUCCUUUUAA